UUCAGUAUCCUCGCAUCUCAGCCUCACACAGCUGAAAUGGCGGGAAGAUUGGGCGGGAAAAGCUACCCACCUUCUCACUUUUAGCGCGGGAAGUGAGUUUGGCAAGUGAGGAAGUGUCAAACGAAUCGGUCGAUCAGAUAGAUAGAGAGAGAUGGGCGGUCCACCGUACGAUUGCGUGGCCAACCCACUGGGAGCCGUCCGAUUGACAUUCGAGAAGGCGAUAGGGUCAGGGACCCAGACCCAUCCAUCCGCCUUUGACGGCAAGGACUGGGGUGCCCUUGACCUCUUCCGCCACUUCCUCUUCCAGGAAUCGGGGCUCUCCCAGGUUCCCAUCCUUAAUCCGAAGACUAUGAGAUGGGUUCAGCCCUACACUCUUGUCCGUUACCGGGGCAUGAUCCAGGACAUGUUGGGAAAUGAAAUCUAUGUUGGUGCUUACAAGGAUGGGAAUUUAUGGAGGACCAACAAGUUCAUGGAUAUUUCCCAAUACCCAAUGGGAUCCUCUCCUGAUAUGUGUGUUUGGGAACGCCGUUUGCUCUACUGUGUUCCUGUUCCAGGACAGAGUUCAUGGACUGAAACUUCUUGUGAAAUGGAUCUUAAUCAAGGCAUGGAUCAGUCAUCACAAAACAGGGGGAAGCGGCGUAGGAUGGAUGAUGAAGAUGAUCCCAUGGAUGUGGUGCCUGAUGAUGAGAUUAAAAGCUCUCCGACUACCAAGAAGAUGAGAGAAGAUGGAUUUCCUUCCUCUUCACCAGAGUCAAGGGAUUCUAAAACUGGAAGCUCUUGUACCAGCAUGGCUACAUUUCAAUAUGUUGACAAAGAUUACCUUCCUUGUCUAGUAAAGAUAUAUGAUUGUCCAGAGUCAGAGUUGAAGUUGAAUGAUGUUGUUGAGUUUAUUGGGGUCCUCACUUUUGAUUCAGAACUUGCACUUGAGAAGGAUGAUGAGUUAUCAAACAGUUUCUAUGACGAUGCACUGGUGUACUUGCCCCCUAAUAAGGUCCCGCGCUUGCACUGUAUUAUACAUAGGAAGCUUGCAGUCCAUGACUUUCUGCAAGGCUUCCCAAUAAUGGAGCCAAAGCCACAUUUGGUGAAAGAGAUAAGGGAAGCUCUGUUCAGGCAUCUUACAGUUGUUCUUGGAAAUGAUGGGGUAGCUGCUCAUUUCAUGUUGUUGCAUCUUCUGUCCAAGGUUCAUGCUCGAGCAGAUGAUGUUGCCGUGGGGAAGCUCUCACUAAAUCUAAUAGGUUUAAGCAAAGAAAGUGUGUCUGUGUUUGGCACUAGACUUAGCCAAGCUGUCAAAAACCUCCUACCAUUCACACAUUGCAUACCUCUUACGCUGGAAUAUCUGAAUACUGCCUCUCUUGCCCCAAAAAAGGAUUAUCAAACAAACAGAUUGAUACCUGGAGUUCUGCAGCUACCUGAGGGCUCGCACUUAAUGGUUGAUGAAACCCAGCUAGAAUCAGGAACCCUCAACUCUAAUGGAAUUGAGAAUACAAAGUUGCUGAAAAAUCUAAUGGAGUUUCAGAAAGUGGAGUAUGACUUUCAGUACUAUAAAAUGGAAAUGGCAGCGGAUGUCCAGUUACUUAUUUUCUCUGAGGGGAAAUCUAACAUUGUACCUGCUGAUGUAGUCAUACCUUUCCAGCCUUCUUCUCUAGGAUCCUCUGAAAUACCGGUUGCAGAAGCAGUGGAAGCUUGGAGAUGGUACUUGGCUACUGUUAGAUCAUUACCACAUUCCAUCGGAUCAGAAAUGCAGAAGGAGGUAGAAGAUGAUUUGGUCGCCGCAAGGCAAGCAGAUCGGAGCUUGGGCAGUCAAGAUUUUAACCGAUGGUUGACAAUGGCCCGACUGGUGUCGACAAGUUUUGGUGAAACCAGUCUGUCGAUGGAACAUUGGCAAAUGGUAAAGGAAUUGGAGAGGCUGAGGAUGGAGAGACUCAAGUAGAAUCAAAGUCACCAGGUGGAGUCCAAAAUAAAGGGUUCAGCUAGAUGCUGGGUAUCCAUGACCAAUUUUUCUUUCUUUUCUUGCCCUCAAGUUCAAGAAAAGCAGGUUGCUGCAAUGUCUGUGUAGGCCAAUCAAAUGCAAUCUUCUUC